CAAGGUGUCCCAGAGGUUGCAGAGGACUGAAGAGAUCCAGCUCCGAGGUGCUGCUGGGAGACCAAACGUACGGUGCAUCCUCACCGGAGGACGAGAGUCCCAGUCUCCUGAGGACCUGGAGAUUAGUCCACACUUCAGCUAGGACACAAGGAGCAGAGCUGAGAAGAAGCAUCAGCUACUGAAGCAACUCUAUUCAAACACUAACAAGCGUUAAAGGAGCCUGAGCAUGGGGAGUCCAGGUCGUGAGCACCCGGGCUGCACCAUAGGCUCGCCUCUCUACAUCAGUCACCCCCACACCAACCCCAGGGUGGCCUGGCUGGACGAGGACAUCAAACCGAACCGCAGUUUGCUGGGGCUCCCUGAGCUCAGCUGGCCGGGGGUCUACCUCCCCUGCUACGACCGAUUAGUCAUAGAGGAGAACCCCUGGGUGCUGGGGAUGACAGAGGCCCCCGCUCCCGCCGCUCCCUCCUGCAGGACUCUGGAGCCGAGCCCACCUGCCCCCGGCCAAGCCCACGCUUCCUCCCCUGAAGCGGAAGGUCAGGUGGAGGAGCGCUGCCUGGAGCAAGUCCAGACCAUGGUGGUGGGAGAGGUGCUGAAGGAUGUGGACACGGCCUGCAAGCUGCUCAACAUCGCACCAGACCCUUUGGACUGGAGCUGCAUGCACGUCCAGAAGUGGCUGCUCUGGACCGAGCACCUGUACAGGCUGCCGCAGGUCAGCACCAUGUUUCAGGAGCUGACUGGGAGGGAUCUGUGCUCCAUGGCCGAAGCAGACUUCAGACAACGCUCUCUGCAGUUUGGAGACGUGCUGUACGCUCAUCUGGACAUCUGGAGAUCUGCGGCUGCAAUGAAGGAGCGCUGCCCACCAGAAGAGAGCAAAUCUGCAGCAGAUGAGGAUUCCUGGUCAGAGGUGAUGUGCACCUACCCCAGUCAGCCCAUCCACUUGUGGCAGUUCCUUCAAGAGCUGCUCCUCAAACCACAUAACUACAGCCACUGCAUCCGCUGGAUCCACAAAGAGAAAGGAAUAUUUAAAAUCGAGGACUCGGCUCACGUGGCCAAGCUUUGGGGCAUCAGGAAGAACCGCCCAGCAAUGAACUAUGACAAACUGAGUCGCUCCAUACGCCAGUACUACAAGAAGGGAAUCAUCCGGAAGCCCGAUGUCUCCCGCAGACUGGUCUAUCAGUUCGUCAACCCAGUAUGAUGGACGGGGAUCAGCCGCUCAGACUGAGCUCAUGGCCAACCAAAGAUAUGCUGGACAUACAGUCGAAUGACAUGAACUCUGGCGCUCUGUUUGUAUGUGACGUUUCGUGUCACUUGUAAAGACUGCCUACAGAAACACGCACUCCUGCCUAUGAUAGUUUUGCUCGACUUUAUAAUUCUCUUUGUUGUCUUCAGCCCUCGUGUUUAAAACGACUCUUCGGUUUGAUGUCUGGUUUCUCAAAAGGACAUUUUUCUCCAGACCGUGGAAAAGAGCUUUUUCUCUAUCCUGCAGAGAGUUAGAUGAAAAGAUACCACACGCGUUUGUGCUCUAAGUACUGGAGGGAGCAGCCACUCACCUUAACUCAACGUCGAGUCUGGAAACUAAUACAGCUAAGAUCUAUCCUAAGGUAACUAGAAUGGCCCUCGCUGGAGCACAGACCUCCGCCAAGGCCCAACAGUCCCCUCUUCAUACCACAUUAAAAUGAACCAAAGACAGAUUUUGAUUUGGAUCUGCAACCAACUGCACAAAUAUUAGUCCCCAAAUCAUGUCUGAUUUUCGUUCUCAUCAAGAUCUAUGAAUUAUUCUCUGAGAAAUGACAGUAAAUGUUUCAAAAUGCCAGAAAAAAAAAUCCUUGAUCUGCUCUGAUCCAGAGCUGCACCAAAAUAGUUUUUCCACAUUUCCUUCGCUCGUGCUAAGCUAAGCUAACUGGCUGCUGGCUCCAGAUAUAUAUCUAUUUAUUCAUACUGACAUGAAAUAGUUUUUUUCGCAUGUAACUUUUUAUGGAAAAAAGUGUAAUUCCCAAAAUGUCAAACUUUUCCUUUAAAAUGUUUUGUAAAAUUACAUCUCCAAUCACUCCAAUAAUUAUUGCAGAGCAAUGAAGUACGUGGAUAUUUUUAUCAAACCCUGCAGUGAUAAAUAUUCCUUUGCGUUUCCUCCUUAGAUUUGAUGU